UCGUUUCAUUUUAGUGCAAGAGGAUGAUCGUGGUGGUCUCUUUGGAGUAUCGCCGUAAAAUAGUGCAGUGAGUGAAUUGUGAUUAAGUGUUUCACCUCAGCUGAACUGAAAGUUCCACCAUGUUUAGCUGGUUAAAGAAGGAAGGUGAAAAAACGGAGAGCAUCGACAAUGUUGUCGAGGGACUCAAAAAAAUCUACAAACAGAAGUUGCUGCCACUUGAGCAGCAUUACCAGUUCCAUGACUUUCACUCGCCACAACUAGAGGAGCCCGACUUCGAUGCAAAGCCCAUGAUACUGCUAGUGGGACAAUACUCGACCGGCAAGACGACAUUCAUAAAGUACCUGCUGGAGCGAGAGUUCCCUGGCAUUCGCAUUGGGCCCGAGCCCACCACAGACCGCUUCAUCGCCGUCAUGUACGAUGAGAAAGAAGGCGUGAUCCCCGGCAAUGCGCUCGUCGUCGACCCGAAGAAACAGUUCCGACCCCUCAGCAAGUUCGGAAACGCCUUCCUUAACCGCUUCCAGUGUUCGACGGUAGCGUCACCGGUGUUGCGCGGCAUCUCCAUUGUGGAUACUCCUGGUAUCCUGUCAGGCGAGAAACAGCGUGUGGACCGAGGAUACGAUUUCACUGGCGUGUUGGAGUGGUUUGCAGAACGUGUAGAUCGCAUCAUCCUCUUGUUUGACGCACAUAAACUGGACAUCUCUGAUGAGUUCCGGCGCAGCAUAGAAGCGCUGCGCGGUCACGACGAUAAAAUUCGCAUUGUGUUGAACAAAGCCGAUAUGAUUGACCACCAGCAGCUAAUGCGCGUGUACGGCGCGCUCAUGUGGUCUCUUGGGAAGGUGCUACAAACGCCAGAGGUGGCGCGAGUCUACAUCGGCUCCUUCUGGGACCAGCCUCUGCGCUAUGACGUUAACCGCCGCCUCUUCGAAGACGAGGAACAGGACCUCUUUAGAGACAUGCAAUCCCUCCCCAGAAAUGCUGCAUUACGAAAACUUAAUGAUUUAAUCAAAAGGGCGCGCCUCGCGAAAGUGCAUGCAUACAUAGUCAGUGAGCUAAGGAAAGAAAUGCCUUCAAUGUUUGGUAAAGAUGGCAAAAAGAAGGAACUCAUCAAAAAUUUGGGACAAGUGUAUGACAGGAUCCAGCGUGAGCAGCAAAUCUCACCGGGCGACUUCCCAGAUAUUAAGAAGAUGCAGGAGACUCUAGCCAAUCAUGACUUCACAAAGUUCCACCCUCUCAAGCCCAAGCUACUUGAAGUUGUUGAUCAUAUGCUGGCCACUGACAUUGCCCGCCUUAUGGAUAUGAUUCCACAAGAAGAUAUCAAUGUGGUCUCCGAGCCACUCAUCAAAGGCGGCGCGUUUGAGGGCGUAGAAGAUCAGGUGUCACCGUUCGGCUACGGACGCGGGGAGGGUGUUGACGCAGGCCACGGCGACCCCGAAUGGAUCUGCAGCCGCGAGAAGCCACGCUACGAUGAAAUCUUCCGAGGACUCAACCCCAUUGACGGCAAAGUCACGGGUGCUGCGGCCAAGACGGAGAUGGUGAAGUCAAAGCUGCCCAACUCGGUGCUGGGCAAGAUAUGGAAGCUGGCCGACAUCGACAAGGACGGGUUCCUCGACGACGAGGAGUUCGCCCUCGCCAUGCACCUCAUCCAGGUGAAGAUCGAUGGACACGACCUGCCCGCGGACCUGCCGCCUCAUCUCGUGCCGCCCUCCAAGCGGAACUGAGACGUAAAAGGAUUGGUAAGGUUACGGUCCAUCAGCAGCGACGAAGGCGAAUAUAUCUACCCAUUUAUCCUGUAGAAUUCCCUGAGCCUCCUGACAGAUAUUCAACAGUCCUAUGAGAGUUCUAGAAAGUAUUUAAAAAAAGUAUAGAAAUUAGCACGUACUGCAAAAAUAGAUGAAUUUCUAAUAUUUUACAUUGCCUUCGUCUUUGUCGUUUGGAACCUUGUGAUUAAUCGAAUUAAUCCGAUGAUGCAAUCUAAACCGACCCUUGGCGGAAAGAGGUUAGAUACAUGUAUCCUAAAGUAAUUUAAGAUUAAAGGAAUGUUCAUUAUCUAAGCUUUAUAAUUUUAUAUUCUUCCGCUAACGGGUGCUCCGGUUAACUGCGUCAAUGGGUCCAUUCGAUUUCCAUGCAGAGGUUUUCGUGCAUAAUAAUAAAACCUAUUUAUACACCGCGAAUGAUUGUUUAUCUGCGAAUUGUUGUAAAAACAAAUUAUAUUUUAUGUUCGUUGAAAAUACGUAUGAUAAAAUAUAGUUAUGUUUAGUUAUUGUGUGAUCGUUGCUGUGAGGGACUCGUUUAUACACGGCGGCCGCGCACAGACCGCGUCGCGCACACACCUCCCACUCGCUUGUGUGGCUGUCUGCAGCUUUCCUUACCCUUGUUCUGUGGCAGAGAGCGGCGUGCCUCUUCCACCUGUGUGUACUCUAAUACAAACUGCAUUAAGCAUAUCGUAUGAGUCUAAUGAGAUGAAUGAUUUUUAAAUUAUAUCAGGACGUGGCAAUUAUUUAAUGGCAAUAUCUACAUUAUUUAUAUACAUUUUAGUAAGAUUUUGUUUUCAUGAGAGACUAUUUCAUAUUUAAAUCUUAAACGUUGCUCCCGAUGUUUAACUUAACUACUUAAUUUAUUUGGCAAGGUGAAGUUGGUGCUCUAAAAGUUACGUUUAGUUACAUCCUCAUCGGUAUUAGUUCAUAAUAUUAUAUUCAUCAUUCACCUGUUUUUUUUUGUCCUCACUAUAUUUAUAGGUAAGUAAUUUAUUAAUUGAAACAGUAACAGUUCUAAGGUGGUUCCUAUUAGUUGAUUCUGGAUCAGACAGAAACAAAAUAAAAUAAAAAUAUUAUUUCAGUCAUUUUCAUAUAUUUUUUGAUUUAAACAUUCUAAGGUAACUACUGUUAUACACGUCGAUUCUCUAAAGCUGGAGUGACCUGAAAAAUGACAGAUAAAGUAUAUGUAUGUAGUUCGGCAUGCUGUGCGGAGGCAUAGGCCUCCUCCAACUGUCUCCAUUAGGCCUAUAUGCAGCAACCCUCAUCCAGAGGCCCUUGCCUUACGGCACAGCGAAGUGAGAGAUAAUUAUAGUUAUAAAAUGUUAAUUUGAAAGUUAUAUGUUUCGAAUUAAUAGCUUUAUUAUUAUUAUGUGUAUGUAAGCUCUUCGGAUAAGACAGACAAAAAUGGUAUUAGAUAUCAUUACUUGCUGAAUUCACCUCAGCUUAAGUCAAUCGAUCGGUAUCGGUAUGAAACAUACACUUUGUAUAACAGUCACUCAACCUAAAACUAUUGCAUUUAUAUGAAACCUUCAGAUUGUUCAGUGCCUUUGCUACAAUAAGAAGAGAGCGGUCGACGAGACCGCUCGCUCGCCCGGUCUCGGCAGUAGCUUUUAUAUUUAUUAUAUCUACUCUGUUCAAGCAGAUGAAGCCCGCCGCGCGGGAACUCUAUGUAAAUAGGUACAGAUUUUUAUAUGCGUUAGAUAUUUGGAAUGCAUUUUGUGCGUCGUUCCGUGUGAUCACACGGUUUCGAGAUUAAUUUCGGAAAAAGUUUGCUACCACUGGACGGGGCACGCAAUGAACGUUUUUACAUUUGCUAUUGUGUGUACAUAAUUAUAUGUAAAUUUAUUAAAAAUAUCGUAAAUUAUACAUAGAGUGUAAUAAAUAGAUAAGAAUUCAAUGGUUAA